AUGAAGGGAUUUGGGGUGUUCUCGCCGUCCAAUGUGACAUCUCGUUACGUGUUGGUGGCCUCGGGUCUAAACGAAUCCUCUGGAAAUGGGACUCCAAGGGUGGACGCAUCUCCAGUAUCUCUCAAUCUGGUCGAUUUUAAAAUUACGGAAAGGCUCGAACGGGCCUCAGACCCCUAUUCGGAUAAUUACGACGAUACCACAAACUUUAACCACUACUCGACUGACGCUCCCUUCUCGUUCAGCGGCGCAAAUUUCGACGACUAUAUGAACACGAAAUCUAACGAUGGAGUUGCGGAAUUUUCACUUAUUCACUCAGUUCCAUUUAAUCUCACGAAUGGGCACAUGACCACGAUGAAGUGGCUUAAACUAGGUCCUCCACACGAUAGUGAUAAGACACUGCUCUCUGUAGGAACUAAUUACGGCGACGUGUUGUUCUACGACGCAGACGCCUUGUUGGAAAGCAAAGCUCUGGUCUCGACACUUACGUCGAACGUGUGUAACGUGCCAGUGAAGUGUCUGGGAUACUGCGGAAAGAACAUGCUGGGCGUGGCAGGACUUGAUGGGCAGAUAUCAGUGGUGGACCUGACAGACGAAGCAAACUUCAACGUGGUGGACGUGAGUUACGGAAAGUGGAAGGUGGGUCUGGUGACGAGCCUGAGUUGGAAUUACAGACUGUCGCACAUACUGGCAACGUCAGGAGCAGCGCUGGUUCCCUCAGACACAAGCGGCGUGGUGGUAUGGGACCUGAAGGUUAGGAAGCCAGCUAGCACCUUCAGGGACCCGAGCGGAAGAGUUAACCCAAUAGCACUCGACUGGGUGCCAGACCAGCCGACACAGCUCGUGGUGGGCUACGCAGACGACAACGCGCCAUCACUGCAGCUGUGGGACCUACGAAACUGCUCGGCGCCGGUGACGGAGGUGAAGGCGCACACGCGAGGACUGACGGACCUGAAGUUCAGCCCGCACGACCCGAACAUGCUGCUGACGUGCGCGAAGGACGACACAACGAAGUGCUGGCACCUGACGCCGGAAAAAAACUUUAACCUGCUGUCAUCGCUGCAAACGGAGGCGCUCUCGCACCACGCGAGAGUGGAGUGGCACCCCAACGCGCCAGGAAUCUUCCUGUCGCAGGCGAACGACGGAGAGCUCUGCGUGCACCACGCGUUCUCAGGCAAGGUGGAAAACAGCUACAUGCCGCUGUGGACGCGCAAAAAGGCGGGAAUGGUGGCAGGCUUCGCAGGCCAGGUGAUCACGUGGACGCCCACAGACGUGCACAACUACACGCUCUCCUCGCAGUACGACAGCAGGACGGAGGAGCUUCUGAACAGCACGCUGGAAGUGAUGAGCGUCUUGCACGACGAGCAAAUGUUCGCAGACUUCUGCGACUCGAAGGCGGCGACCAGCAGCAGCGCCCACGAGAGCCUGACGUGGUCGGUGCUUAAGAGCCAGUACCGGGGAGAGUUCAGAGACCUGCUGGAAGUGCUGGGCUACGCGGAGAGAGACCGGAGCGUGUCGGACGCGAGCGACCUGCUGGAACAAAGCGACGACGCAGCAGGAGUGACGAACGCGCAGCUGGUGGGCCUGGACACGGAGGAGGACAACAGGACUGAGACGAGCAACUUCUUCACAAACAGGAGCAGCGCAGCGACAGAUCACACGACGCAGGACGACAGGGAAGCAGAGGACUUCUUUAACUCGUUGACGCAGAAAACAAAUGAACUGGACCUUAACGCAAGUCCAGAACCGAAGAGAGGAGAAAAACCUGAUAACAUGUGCGAUGAGUUUGAGCCUGAGAGAAUGAGCGACGAAGAGAGGGAUGAUGAGAACACGAAGCUGAACUGGUGUCCAGACAUGCCGCUGAGGAGAAGCCUGGUGAAGGCGGACCACUACGAGGCGGCGCUGAGGUGCCUGAAGCUGAACAAGGUGGUGGAGUGCCUGCUGCUGGGAUACCUGGGAGGAGAAAACGUGUUCAUGGAGAUGAUGAGCAAGGUGGUGAAGACGAGAAAGGACCCCUUCCUGAACCUGCUCUUCAUGGUGAUGCACAACGACGUGGAGGGAGUCCUGGAGUACAGCAGCCUGCGCGACUGGAAGGAGACGCUGUGCGUGCUCUACACAUACGCCCAGGACACGGCCUACUUCAAGGACCUGGCGCACAGGUUCGGAAGAAGGCUGCAGGAAAACGAGAUGCACCACGAGGCGUCGAUAUGCUUCAUCGUCUCAGGAGACUACAGAGAGGUCGUGGAGGCCUGGAGGCUGUGCGCAGCGGCGGAGGCGACUGCGAGGUCGGAAAGAAGCGGCUUCAGCGUCCUGGGGUCGGCCAGGAGCGCAGCAGCGACGCUGGAGGAGAGGCUGGAAAUGCUCCUGAAGCUCUCAGUGCUCUCAUUCUCAACGAGCACACCAGAAUACGGCUCGGACUCGGGAGAGAUCUACGAAAACUUCGACGCAGUGCUCAUGGAGCUGGCGGAAAUAUUCGUGGACGCAGGGGACCUGGAAAAGGCGCUAAAAACGCUUAACGUGACGGGAGCCUCGAACUCGGAAGUUAUGACGCAGCUCAAGUCGAAGAUAGAAAAUCAAAUAUUGCAGUCACAGGGCGGAGAGGAGCACUCAUCUCCGAAGCUGACAUACCACCCGUCAACAAGUGAGCAUGUACCAUACCACGCGGAGCCAGCAGUGUCGCACCACUACACGCCGCCAGGAUCCUCAGCAGCGCACCACCAGACGACGCCAGUACACCAGCCAGCAGGAACGCCAGUGUACGCAGCAGUAACGCAACCGCAGGCGUACGGGGCGAACGCAAGGACAGGGUACCAGGGGGCACCAACCUCAUACAGCCCCGUGGCGCCAUCCGUGACGACGCCGAUGACGUAUCAGCACGCAGGACUCAACGUAGGGCCCGCAGUCGGAGUGACGCAGCAGAUGACGAGCGCGCCGACGAGGACGGUGCCGCUCACAGCACUUCAAUCGACGCAGUCGAGCGUCCCGAGCACGCACACGGCGACCACGGCAGUGCCGAGCAGCUUCCCGACGAGCUACGCGACGAGUAACGCCACGCAGUACUCUAACGCGACGGCGAGCGCAAACUUUACGCCAUACACGCUGACGCACUCGAGCAGUAACACGUCCUACGGAACGGCGCAGCAGGGCUACCAGCAGAACGCGGCAGCGCAGCAGCAAGGCGCCCCCGGGUACGGAGGAGUGAGCAGCGCGCCGGGAGCAGUGGCGGGAGCACUGAACCCGGGCAUGCCGAUACCCUGGCCAAACCCGACGCCGACGCAGCAGCUCUCCUCGACCACAGUGAGCACGCAGCAGUCAAACAAGCUGAUCAUCGAGUCGACGCAGGCGCAGCCCAAGGGCGAAAAGAUGGGCAAGAGCGACCUGGACAUGGUCGUGACCACGCUACACGGCCUGGUAUCGAACCUGGGCGAGAGCAAGAUGGACCAGGACAACAGGAGGAACGUUAACGAGCUCAUCAGCUCGCUGAACCAGGGCCUGCUCUCGGCCGAGGCGAACGCGCUGCUGGCGACGCUCUGCAGAGCAGUGUCCAACGGGGACCACUUCAACUCGAACGUGAUACUGGGCAACAUCAUCUCGAAGCUGUGGAACAACCAGAACAAGCCGUGGAUCAUGUGCCUCAAGAGGCUAGUGCCAAAGUAG